UUUCUCGAUUUCACCCUCGCAAUCCUCCCUCAUCUUGCCAUCGUGAUUGUUACAAAGUUACUGCAUGGUGUACCCAUCUCGUGGGCGAGCGAUGAUCGACUGGUGCCCCGGAUCCUCCCGCCGCGGGUGCGCCCCGGUACUACCAGGCCACAUCCCUGCCGCCUGCCAGGCCAGGGAGGUCAAGCCGAUCGUCGGGGUCUUGGGCGUUUCCGACUGCCCCCUCCAUGAGGGGAACUGCGUUUGGACGUGGUCAACACAGCAUUGACAGCUCGGCCAGCAGUUCGCAAGAUUCGUCCGACUCCCCGAGUGCCAAGUGCCCACGAAAUGUCUCCGGCAAUGGCGCAAGUAUAUAAAAAAGGGCGGUAGAGGGUGUUCUCCCCAGUCCCGAGUUUCUGUCUCUUCAUCCCAUCACCGCAAAAUAAUCACAGAAUUCCAUCCCUAGCCAACAAUACGAACAAGCGACAGAAACCCGAGCAGAGUCUGAACUAGGCGCCGUCAGACAUGUCGCCAAUCGACGCAGCCCCUUGGGGCGGCGCUGGCGGGAAGCUCCUGACACUGCCCAACAUCGCCAUUGGCGUGGCCUUAGGUCUUGUCCUGUACUGCGUCGGUCUCGCCGUCUACCGCAUCUGGUUCCACCCACUCUCCAAGUACCCAGGGCCGGUGGACAUGGCCAUCUCGGACUUCUCCUACAACUUCCAGGCUUCCAUAACGGGCAGCAUGGUGCGGCGGGUCGAGCGGUUGCACAGAAAACACGGCAAGGUUGUGCGGAUCGGUCCGGACCGCCUCUCUUUUGACGGCUCCGUGGCAUUCCCGGAAGUAUUCGCGCAUCGUCCCGGCGGCGACGCUAGCGAGUUCCACAAGACCCCCGGCUUCUUCUUCCCUGACGAUCACCGCAGCAUUAUCGGGGCCCCCACCCGCGAUGAACACCGUCGGCAUCGCCGCCACCUGGCCCAUGCCUUUAGCGACUCGGCUUUGAGCGCCCAGGAGCCGAUCUUACAGCAUUAUGUCGAUCUUUUUAUUCAACGCCUGUCAGAAAGCGCAAUGGGCGGUUCGAAGCCCGUGGCAAUGAUGGAUUGGCUCAACUACAUUACCUUUGACAUUAUUGGCGAUCUGUCCCUGGGCGAGUCCUUCGGCAGCCUCAGCAGUGGCGAAUACCACGUGUGGGUUAACAACAUGUUUAAAGGCAUCCGUGGCAGCUGCCUGGCCCGCUUCUUUGUCAGUCUUGGCCCGCUCGCGUUUUUGGCCCUGCUCGACCCGGACGGCUCGCUCAAGGCGUGGAAGUACAACUUCAUUUACGGGCGCGGAAAGGCAAAGGCCCGCAUCGCCCUCGGGGCCGACGCCCCGCACAAGACCGAGGCGCGGACGACGGGCGCGUCGCAGCUGACGGGGCCCCGGUCCGACUUCUUUGCCUACAUGAUGAGGAACAUGGACAGCGAGAAGGGCGGCUUGACGAGCGAGGAGAUGGAGCUGAACGCCGUCCUCCUUAUCUCGGCCGGCAGCGAGACGACGGGUACGGCGCUCGCGGUGCUCUUGUUCACUCUGUCGCAGCCCCGCUACCGCGCCCUGCGCGACGCCGUCGUGGCCGAGGUGCGCGGCUGCUUCCCCGCCGAGGCCGACGUGACCCUCCGCGCCGUCAAGCACCUGCCGCUCCUGCACGCCUGCAUCGAGGAGGCCCUGCGCUUCCACCCCCCGGCUGCGGAUCUACCGCCGCGCGUGUCUCCCGGUGCCAUUGUUGACGGCCAAUUUCUCCCUAAAGGUACCUUUGUCCACUGCUACAACUACUCGACGCUCCGGAAUCCCGAGAAUUUUGUGGAUCCGGACGAAUUCCUGCCACAGCGGUUCCUUCCCGCCGAUCACCCCAUGUACGACGCGCGCGUUGCCGUGGGCGCUUCCAGGGCCGUUUUCAAGCCCUUCAGCCACGGGCCGCGCGAUUGCAUCGGGAAAAACCUGGCCUUCGCUGAGAUGCACCUGGUCGCCGCGCGCGUCCUUCUCCGCUUCGACAUUGAGCUGGGCGAGGGCACCGGGACGGACUGGUUGGACCGCCAGCCCAACUUUUUGGUCUGGGAGAAGCCGCAGCUGUGGCUCAAGAUGACUGAGAGGAAGGACCUGAAGCUUAACGAGUGAAGCUUGGCAGGGAGGAAAGACGCUUGACCCCGAAGGAGGUCGUUGGUAAGAGAGAGGGGGAGGCGGAACAGGAGCAUGUGGUCGAGUGAUGAAUGGCAAGCGAUGCUAGGUGUCGGCCACCUGUCCCAACUCUGGCAUGGCAGAUCGGUGUCUAGGGCACAAAAGGGUGAACUACCCAAUCCCUCUCCUUUGUUUAAUCCAUUAGUUUGCUGCAACCUAGAAAAUAGUUGGUAUAUCGCCGAGCCUUGCUGUGCUGUGGUUUAUGUGUGGAAAGAUUUGACAAG